AUGGGCGACCACAAGCAUGGUGCCCAGAAGAGCACCGAGCGGUCCCGAAAAUCGGAGCGGAAGGUGCAUGUGCCGGCCCGGGGCUUCCUCGAAUCGUUGUUUGGAAUGUCAAGGGAGCAGCGGAGCCGCCGUAAUCAGCGCAGCAGCCAGCGCAGCACAAAACGCGGCGGCAAGAAGAAGUCGGAAGAGGUGAAAAUUGACGUUGCUGGAAUGGAGCCGCAAGAGCGCUCGACCACGCCAGACUCGAGCCGAGCCAGGAAGGAGAAGGACAAAACGCACGAGGCCACGCUGGAUGAGCAUGAGAAGGAGGAGCACCCGAAGCACGACGAGAAGCCGAAGAACGAGGAAAAGCCGAAGCACGACGACAAGAAGGAACAGCAUGAGGAGAAGGAAGAAAAGAAGCCCGCCAUUCAACCGCGUCAUAAGAACUCGAUGGAAAAAACUUACUUCGACAACGAAGCAUUUGCCACCCCGGCGCUAGCGAUGGCAAAGAGGCCGAGCAAGAUUGACGAACAGAUGAAGGCGUUGGAGGAGAAGCACCGCGCUGAAGAGGAGAAACACCGCGCCGAAGAGGAGAAACACCGUGCCGAAGAGGAGGCCCGCAAACCGCAGAAGUCCAAGAAAAGGCGGCCAUCCCGCGAGGCUUCACGCGAGGCGACCAGGACCACCUCGAAGGAGGCCACCGCCGAGGACGACGGCAAGAACGAGGGCACCCCUCGACGCGAAGCGCUGCACGCAGGGAAGAAG